AUGAAGGCGAUGGACCCCUUCAACGAGGUGGUGGAGCCAGGCGGGGUGCUGGUGUGCCGAAGGCUCAGCAGGGGCUGCCUGGACCUCACCCUGGACCUGCCCGAGCUCCGGCAGUGGCGGAGGGACAGCCUCCACGUCGAGGUGCGCAUGGUGAGGCCUGGCAAGAGCAUGGACCUCCAUGCGUGGCCUCGGCGGCUGGAGGUCUGCGUCAACGGCACGCUCGCCUUCGGCAUCGCGCCGCCCGAGGAGGGCCACAAGAGGCGGGACGUCCCCGAGGACGUCUCCGUGGCCCUGCGGCCCGGGGAGAACCGCGUCAGCGUCCAGGCCGAGGACGACGCGGUGGAGGACUACGUUCUCGCGGUGCUGCUGACCGCGCCGCGUGCGGACGCCGACCUCGCCCGGCGGGUCGGCGAGGUGCCGCUGGACGCCGCCCGCGACCGGGCGGUGGCGCUGCUCGGCGGCCCGACGCCUGGGGAGGAGGUCGAGUGCAUGACCUCGGCGACUCUGAAGCUCACCUGCCCCAUCACGAUGGGGAGGGUCGUGGGGCCGGUGCGCGGCAAGGCGUGCCGGCACGUCCAGUGCUUCGGGCUGGACGCGUACCUGGCCAUCAACCGGCAGAUGCAGGCCUUCAACAGUCGCUGGUGUUGCCCCGUCUGUGCGCGCGUGCUCCGCCCAGUGGACUUGUGUGGCGACCCCUACGUGGCGAGCAUCGCCGCCAAGGCGCCGCGCGACGUGACUGAUGUGGAAGUGGGGCGCGACGGCGGUUGGAGCCUCCCCGUAGCCGCACCGGCUCGAGGCCACCGCCACCGAUUGUUCAGGAUGGCCACGGAGGCGAAGAGGGACGCCGAGGGAAGCGUACUUGGGCCUGCCCGCGACUUGACGCCGGAGAAGGGCGGUGAUGUUCUGGAUUUGACGCCGGAGACCGGCGACGUCAUGGAAUUGGACGACAAGCCCCCGGAGGGCGGCUCGCCUGGCGCCAGAGCGGCGCGGGCGGCCCCGCUCGGCAACUCGCUCGUCUCGCCGCGGUCCGCGGGCGCGCCGCGCGCCGUGGCGGGGUCUCCAGGCGAGGACCCGCUGGAGGAGUCGUCCCAGGAGCUCCUCGUGCCGGCCGCGCCGUCCGCGUGCGCCCUGCUGCAGGAGGCCUGCGCGGAUUCCGCGGCAGCCCUCGGCGAGGAGUCCUCCCAGGAGGUGAUCACCGCGGCGGCGCCGACCGCAGCGGCUCAGCAGCGACAUGGACCCCUUGAUUAG